AUGGAUCGGCAACAUUAUUCUUCAUCUUUAACCAACUCAUCUGCCGACCCAACUCCUCGUGUAAAUGCUGCGUUUGUGAUAUUACUGCAGAACAAGGACCUGCAUGAUAUGCGCAAGACGAUGCGUAUGCUUGAGAGCACGUUCAACCGGCACUAUGGAUAUCCUUAUGUGUUCCUGAACAAUGUGCCCUUUACGGAUCACUUUAUGACCCAUAUCCGCGCCAUGACCGCAGCACCCGUGCACUUUGGUCUGAUUCCUAAGGAACACUGGAGCUACCCUGCACACAUCAAUCAAACGCAAGCAGCCCUCAAUCGUAUAGCGAUGGAGGCCCGGAAUGUGCCUUACGGCGAGUCCGAAUCAUAUCGCCAUAUGUGCCGAUACGAGUCUGGCUUCAUUUUCCAGCACGAGUUGGUCCUGCCGUACGAUUACUACUGGCGUGUUGAGCCCGAUGUUUCCUUUUCAUGCGAUCUUGAUUUUGAUCCCUUUAUGGUCAUGAAGACCAGAAAAAUUAAAUAUGGAUUUACAAUUGCUCUACCAGAAUACGUUGAUACUAUCCCAACACUGUGGGAAAACGUCCGGCGCUUUAUGGCCCUAUAUCCCGAGCAUAUUGCCAAACGUAAUUCACUUGAAUGGAUCAGCUAUGAUAUGGGCGAAACUUAUAAUAACUGUCACUUUUGGUCAAACUUUGAAAUCGUUGACUUAUCAUUCUUUCGUUCCAAAGCCUACAUGGAUUUUUUUAACCUGCUGGACCAGGCAGGUGGUUUCUUUUAUGAAAGAUGGGGUGAUGCGCCUGUCCACUCUAUUGCGGCUGCAUUGAUGCUUGAACGGCGGGAGAUCCGCUUCUUUAAUGAAAUUGGAUAUCGCCACGGCAUGUAUGAGCAUUGCCCGGAGAGUCCUGCACUCCAAUUGAAAUGCGCCUGCGAUCCGAAAGACAAUGUUGAUUGGGCCCAAUUCUCUUGUCUCCGCCGGUUCCUGGAGACGUAA